AUCGUUAAGAUAGUGUUGGUUCAAGGCAAGCAGUUAUCUUAAUCAGUUCACGCCCCCUAUCCAGUGACAAGCACACACGAGUACGGACAUUAACACUGUGAAGAUGGAUACUUAACUUAAAUGAGACCUUACGAAGAACAGGCCUCGGAUGGUAUAUUAGCUAUUUAAAUUUCAAAUACCAUUAACAAUUGACGAUACAACUAUUAUUUGUUGAUAUAUAUUAGUUACUGUAAAACGAUGCACCCGCCUUAUCUUUUAGAGUUAAAAUGACACCCUUUACAUCUGCCGACAAGAUCACAGGCACCAAUUCUACAACGUUACGGUCAUCUCUUGUCUACGCAUCAUCCCCGGUACCAUCAAAAACAGAAGCAAAAACAGGUACAGGCGAUGGACAUAAUGAUCAAACCAAAACCACCACUAUCGUGGUUGGCGUAUUGGUGCCCGUCAUUCUGAUUGGAAUAGCGGCUCUCAUUUUCUAUAAAUGGUAUCGCAAGAAAUACCCAGUCCGAAUGGGAAUAGGGCGCAACUUCAGCACUUUUAGUAACCCUGCAUACAACAAAAGGCAAUCUGUUGUUAACAUGGCAGGAGAAGACAAAGAGAACGUAUUCAACGCGCUAUCAAGGCGAAAUCCCCAAAUGGCGGACGUUGCGGAAGUCGAAGACGUUGGACACACCAACCCAGGCUUUGAUGACGAUGAUGAAAACCCAGAAAGUAUUAAUACAAGUGAAUCAAAUGCCGAUUUCGAUUCAAUUGACGGAAAUGUGGCAAAAGUCGUUGAGGUCCAAGACAUUUCUGUAGAAACUGAUCAACGGCCAGAAAGAUCUCUGAAAAAUAUUUCAAGGGAUGGAACUCGUAAACGAGCCACACUGAUAAGAACGUAUGACAUGGAGCGUGUUGAGAUAGAUGCCGCUUUUGAAUAUGCAAGUGAAUCCGAUUUAGGUAAACGAACUGAAAGUGAAAUAAGUUAUGGAAAUGAAAGUACUGAUACGCAUACUAUAAGUAUUUCGUUUGCAGAAUCAUUUGACAACCGACUUAAGAUUAGAUCAAAAAGUGAGGAUUUAAUAGUAAGAAGUGAUUCCAGUACCGAUAGUACAGAUGAAAUUGAACUAAAGGAGCGCUCCAAAAGUGACACAAACAGAUUACUAAACGUGCGAGAACAAAAGGAACAUUUAGCACAAUUAUCCGCUUCAGAAAAAGAAAAUACCUACGCACAAUCCAAAACGCCAAGUAUUGAAGAGUUCGAAACAUUUGAACUUAUCACACAGGUUUCAGAGCUUACCGAGUUACGAUUCCCUGAACUACAAAACGAUUCAGUGAGGUCAGAUAAUGACAACGGUGCGUUCAACACUUUUGAAAACGUAAUUGAACAAAACGACUUUACAAAAGAAUUUGAGUCUGCAAAAGGCAAACAAUCACAUACGGGAGAUUUUCUUAAAUCAGAAACAGAAAUCAAUGACAAACAAAGCUUCAAAAGUAAUUCGUUUGAUAAUGAAAAUGAUGAAAAUACUAGCGAAAUUAGUUCAAUGACAAUAGGUUUUGAAAUAUUAGAUAGUGAAAUAAAUGCCACUAAGUAUGUUGAUAGUAAUGACAACAUGGAUUGUUAUAACGAAGACGAUAUCAGCUACAAGAUUAAUUCAAAUUCAACGAGUAUGGAACAUUUGAAUCCGGAACAAUUAAUAUCAGCAUUCCCAAAACGCCUAUCAUUAUCAUUGUCUUCUGAACACAUAUUUUUAGAAAGGAGACCACAAAGUGUUUUGGUCCAAGACACCAUUAUUUUUGAACCGGAAACCCCUAACCCGGUGCAUUUAGAUUGCACGCCUACUGUAAGUCCGAGAAGAGGACGCAGGGCUUUCACUCUCAACGACAUCAGUGAAAAGAUAAAUUAUUCACGAGGAAGCUCGGAUAACAAGUCAGAAAAGAUUUCAACGUCGUCUCCUCAAAUCAAUACGCCAUUUUCAGGGAUUCCAGACUACAGUUUCUUUCCAAAGCCGAUCGAGAGUAAUACAUCAAACUUCGUCGACACUCAGGACGUUUCUGUAAGUCAACCAGCGCUAAAUACAUCUUCUGUAGAUAGUGUGUGCAACAUAGACAAUCGAAAUGCAUCGCGUAUUGGCGAAGCAGAGUCGGGUUCUAUUGACAGCACUUCCAACGAUUCUGAAAAUGACGAACUUGUUGAGAAUAAUAUGAGUUUUGUAAGCACGACAGCGGAAGUUUACAGCGAAAGCGAUAAAAACGAUGAUUCCGACAAUGCUGAUAUGUUAGAAGAUAUCCAAACUCCCAUAUUUGGUGAAAUUCCCGAAGACGAGCAAUCGAAGCAAACAUCAAAUCAGACGUCAAACUUAAGAGACACUUAUUCAAAUGAGUCAAAUCCGAAUGAAUUUAGCAAGAGCUCAACAUUAAUAGGAAUUGAUGUUGAUGAGUCCAAUCUGGUAGAAAUCACUGUGAACGCGGAAAUAAAUGAAAUUUCAUUUGAUAGGUCAAAUCUGGAAGAUAUCAUCCAGCCCUCAACAAUAAAUGAAAUACCUGUCGAUAAAUCAAAUAUAGAAGAAACCAUCAUAUUGAAUACUCUUGAAGAUGUAACACGCAUUAAGGCUGGACCUAAAAGCAAAAUAUUAGCUGGAGAUUUCAAGUUUGAUGCUCAUUAUUCUUCAUCGGACAGUGAUGAUAGCUCAGGCUCCUCUUCUGUUGAUGAAGAUCCUGAUGAUAAAGAUCCGUCGAACAAUAACACCAUGGAUGUAACUGUACCAUUCUGGUCUGAUCGCGAUAAUUAUCAAACGGAACACAAUUUUGAAGAGCAGGUAAUGGAAAAUAAUCCUAUUGGACGCAGUUCACAUAGGAAAAGAGAUACAGCGCAUGAAAAUACGUCGAGCAAGGAACAAGACCAUUUGAUUCUCAUGGACACAGACGACUUAAAAGACGACAACCCAGAUGAUAUUUUUCGUAAACAUAAAUUUAAGUCUUUUGAAAUAACCGAUGAAAAAAGUGAUGAAUCAAAUUCUGAAUGUUAACGUGAACAAUGGCAAUUUAAAAGUUGUACGUAUACACCCUUUACUUAUAUAAAAUACUAUUUUUAUUAUUAUUUUGUUUAAUGUGUGCAUAAACGUUUUUGUCAGAGGUUAAUAAUGACUGCAUUCCAUGUUGUUUAUGUUAAAGUUUUAUUAUUUUUCCCCGAAUAUUGUUUCUAUCUUCUCAAUUUCUUAUUAUUAUAAUUCGUCUUUUAUUACUUAUAUAUCCACGCAGAAAAUAUUGUUAUGUUGUUAUUUCAUUUUUUCGUUUUCUUCGUUCAUUUCUUUUUCUGUCGGGUUUUCUUCUGGUAUUCUGUUGCUGCAGGAAUUAUGUUUGGUUGUUUGCUGUUUACUUAAUAAUUUUAAAAGCAUAUUCAGCAAAAACUAAGCCUAAUCGAUCACAAUAUUGUAUGUAUUUACACAGAAUUUUGGAUAUUCCAGAAUGUAAAUUAAAAACUUCGUGAAAAUACAAUUUUAUGUAUAAGUUUGAGUUUAUUUUUGGAACACUCUGCGCAAAGUGAGGGAGCUCAGCGACCGACGAUAAAACAAUAAUAAUAUUCAUUAUGAAUUCACAUAAUUGUGAAAUUGUUCUUACCAUCAAAACUAAAAAUAUUUAAAGCUGUAACCGAAAACUGUCAGGUUCGGUCAAGGCUUUGUUUAAAGGCCAAUAUAACAAACUUACAGGAACUUUUUCACAGAAACUCGCAUUUGUGAAAAAUGUCAUUUAAAAAAUGACUAACAAAACUGUUAUAUUUUAAAAAGUUUGAAAAAAUAACAAGAUAACAGAUACAAUAAAAAGUACUUACAGUGGUUUUCGAACCCUGGACCUCAAGAAGAUAAAGCGAGCAUGCUACCACUAUGUAACUUUUAUUUAAUCGUAUGUCUAAAAAAUAUGUAAACUCACACGUGCAAUAAAUCAAAAGGAAGU